AUGCCACCCGCUUUUGAAAAUAAGUAUGCAAUUGCCACCGGAGGUUCCAGAGGCAUCGGGGUUUCUAUUGCGCUUUUAUUAGCGGAGAGAGGCGCCAAAGGAGUGGCCAUCACCUAUUCCAGCAACAAAGCAGCAGCAGAUGACACUGUGGCCAAGAUCAAAGCUCAUGGAACAGACGCGGUUGCGAUACGUGCUAACAUUCUCGACGUGGACAUCGGAGACACAAUAGUGAAUGCAGCUCUCAUAGGAUUAAAAACGAAUACAAUCCAUAUCCUUAUCAACAAUGCUGCCCUUGCCACAUCGGAGCAUCUGCUUCCUAUUCUUCAAACCACCGUCGAGAACUUCGAUAACCUUUUUCACGCAAACGUACGGGCGCCAAUUUUUACGACACGUGCAGCACUUCCAUAUAUGCCCAUCAAGGGUGGCAGAAUUAUCAACGUGAGCUCCGUCACAGCCAAGGAGGCGGCUGACGAGCCAGGAAUACUUUAUGGUGAUAGUAAAGCAGCACUAAACAGUAUAACUCGAUCUAUGGCAAGCGCUCUAGCUGCAGAGAAAGGCAUUACCAUCAAUUCAAUAAGUGUCGGACCUACUAAAACUCCUGCCGUGGAAGAUGCUUUGGCCAACUUGCCCAAAGAAUUUACAAAAGGGCUCAAAAUCUAUGCCACUGCUGAAAAGCGAUUGGCAGAGCCAGAAGAAAUUGCGGCAAUCGUGGCUUUCGUGGCAAGCGAAGAUGCUCGUUGGAUGAAUGGAGCUAGUGUCCCAGCGAACGGAGGUGCGAUCUUACUAGCAGAGGGCUAA